GACAUUUCAGCCCAAUUCUUCCCCUCCCCCAAACCCUCGCACUCUCUCCGGCCCGCACCAAGCCGCCGGAGCGCCGCGCCACCAUGUUCCGGCUUCUCCUCCGCCGCCUCUCCACGGCCGCCGAGGGUGCCGCCGCCGCUGCCUCCCCGUCCCCACCCCCGCCGCUGCGGCGGCCGCUGUCCAACGACCUGUACUCCCGCAUCUCCGAAGUCGGGAGGCCGCAUCUCCCGCUGGCCCCCGUCCUGGAGCAGUGGGCACUCGAGGGCCACACCGUCGAGAAGCACGUCGUCCAGGCCAUCGUCAAGAAGCUCAUCGGUCUCCGCCGCUUCGCCCACGCGCUCGAGCUGUCGUUUUGGAUGACGGACCGGAGGCACCUCUACCUAUCGGCCGGCGAUGUCGCGUACCGGCUGGAGCUGAUCAGCAAGGUGCACGGCCUUGAGAGAGCAGUUGAGUACUUCGGCACCGUACCGAGGCAGCUGAGGAAGCCACAGUGCUACGGCUCCCUACUGAAAUGCUACGGGGAGGCGAAGGCCGUCGAGAAGGCCGAGGAGCUCUUCGCAAAGAUACAGGAGAUGGGGAUGAAGAGUUCUUACGCUUACAAUGUGAUGAUGAAGCUUUACCUGGAGACCGGGCAUCUUGAGAGGGUGCACGCCAUGUUCCAUGACAUGGAAGAGAAAGGCGUCGAUCCUGACAUGUUCAGUGUGGAGAAUCUGUUGGAUGCGUACAUUGCUGCCGAAGAUGUUGAGGGGCUUGAGAAGGUGCUCAAGGAGGCCAAUCCACACCAGAAGCUUUUGAGUUGGCACGGACAUGCCUCGGCGGCAAGGGCUUUCAUGAAAGCUGGGAUGCAAACAAGGGCCUUCAUGGCUCUUCUGGAAGCGGAGAGGCGGAUUACUCCUAAGAAUGGUAGGGUCGCAUACAGUUUUUUGCUCAACACAUAUACCGAUCUGGGGAUGUAUCCUGAGGUUGAACGCAUUUGGAGUGUCUACAAAUCCAAAGUGCCACCGUGCAACUCGAUGUACUUGGGCAGGAUAAGUGUGCUACUCAAGAUGGGUGACAUUAAGGGGGGCGAGGAAGCAUUGAAAGAGUGGGAGAUCAAGUGUGUUUCCUAUAAUGAUUUCAGAUUAACCAACUUAAUGGUCGAUGCUUACUGCAGGGAAGGUCUUGUGGAGAAGGCAGUAGCUCUUGUCGAUGAAGCCAUUGAGAAAGGGAGGACACCUUUCGCUAAUACUUGGUAUAGGUUGGCUGGUGGAUUUUUCAAGACUGAUCAGGUGCUGAAGGCGGUGAACAUGACAAGGAAGGCUCUUGUGUCCGCAACUUCUCCAUGGAAACCUGAUCUGACAUAUGUGCUAAUGAGCCUGAACCAUUUCAUGGAUCAAAAGGAUGUAGAGGCAGCUGAGGAGAUGGCGAGUAUGGUACAGAAGUUGGUUCCUUUGACUAGGGACGUAUAUCAUUGUUUACUGAAGACAUAUGUCCGUGCGGGAAAGCCAGUGUCCGACUUGCUUGAGCGUAUGAAGAAAGAUGGCCUUGAGGCUGAUGAAGAAACAGACAGAAUCCUUGCUGGAGAAUGCCAGUAGAUACGUGCCGUUGUCCAUCACUAAAUGAUCUCUUUUGCUUGUUCACUUUCUCCCCUUUUCUUCUUCAAAUUCUACCCAUUAAUUUGACUCCUGUCCACUGCUUGUAUAAAGCAUCACAAUCCUUUGUUCUGAUCGAUGUGGGUGAUAAAUACAGUACUGAUAGGAUCAGAUAUGAUGGAAUGAAACCGUUCAUUAGCUUAAACGAGUUUUUGGGCUUGGUGCUUAAGUUUUCUGUAAUCUUACAAAUAUUUCUUUUAAGUCCGCAUUACUCCCAUAUUUCCA